ACAUUGUACAACUACUAGGAGUGUGCACUAGAGGGGAGCCAUUCUAUGCAAUCAUGGAAUUUCACCUGUAUGGUGACCUGAAGACAUAUUUAUUAUCCCGUCGUAACCUGGUGGGUCUGGAGUGUAAGGAAGCUGACGAGAUCCGCCCCGAGAGGCUCACCAUGAUGGCCCUGGAUAUUGCAUGUGGUCUUCGAUAUAUCCAUGACCUAAAAUAUGUUCACAGAGAUCUGGCCUGUAGGAAUUGUUUGGUUCACUCCAGUGGCCGAGUGAAGAUUGGUGACUUUGGCAUGACUCGCCCAAUCAUUGAGUCAGAUUAUUACAGAUUUACGAAGAAAGGCAUGCUGCCGGUGAGAUGGAUGUCUCCAGAGAGUCUGUCGGACGGCCUCUUUACAGCCAAGUCUGACAUGUGGAGUUACGGAGUUCUCCUGUUUGAAAUUGUGACAUUUGGUAGUUUUCCUUAUCAGGGUUUGUCUAACAGCCAAGUAGUCGAGUAUGUCAAAGCAGGAUCUCGGCUGAUGCUUCCACGGCAGUGUCCUGAUGAACUGUGUACAUUUAUUUACAGCUGUUUGGCCUAUGAACCCUGUGAUAGGCCGGACACUGGUGACAUUAUUGACCAGUUGCUGAAGCAGCCAGACUUUCUCAUACCUUGUUUAGAUGCUCCUGCAACAAGUGUGGAGGACACAGAAGAUGCCGAACUUCUGACAUCGUCGCAGCACAAUACGAUAACAAAAGCCAAUUCAUUCAACCUCACAACAUUGUUAAAUAGAUUGUCUACAGCUUCUAAUGAUGGCAAAAGACUCAGUGGGGCAAGUCAGGGAGGAAAAGUUCCAAGCAAAUAUACCAUUAAGACAUUUGUUCCUGCAAUUCUGGGUCGUCCCAGGAGUAACAGCAUUAGUUCUCCUCAUCCUAGUCACAAAAAUCAUGAAUAUUUUGAAAUCCAUGACGAAAGUCCCUCCAAUACAUUGGAUAAAUCUCAUCGUCAUUCUAUGGAAAUCCAAAGGGAACAUAUACAUCUGGAUCCAAGCAUUUCACUGCUGGACACAUAUCCCCCUGCUGGGGAGAGAACAGACACCACUAGUGAUUACUUUAGUGACAAUUCCAAAGAGAUUGUUCAAAACUUGACGUUUGAGUUUUGUCAGACAAUUACAUCACUAUGAUUUUUCUUUCAUACUUUUGUUUCAAAUUAAGAGGUCAAUCAAAUAUCAGGUUGUGAAUUUUUUUCUAAUGUACAGCUUUAUUCCAUGUUGUGGCAUUCCAUGUUUCAAUUUUGACAUAAGCAUAUAGACAUUUGCAUCAUUAAUUUAUUAACAAGCCUGUAACUUGUAAAUGAAACAGAACAUAUGGUGCUUAAAACCCUCCCUCAUUGAGGACAGGAUAUGUCUCUAGGAUCUGUGAUAAUUCAAAUCCCCCAUGGCAGUAGAAUUCACUGCCAGUCUGACAUUGUCAUCUGGAUACCGUGAACUUGUUUAUGACAGCAAUGAUGUGUAUUGUACACUGUUGACAAAUUGAAGUUGAUAGUAGAUAUACAGUGAAUGUGCAACUAUAUGUAUAAUAUAUAUAAGCACUACAUUGAAGUAUGUUUUAAAGUAAAAAUGAAAACUUAUCUAAAUCAGUAUCCCCUUAGUGUUCUUUCAUAUAUGUCAAGUCGAGCCCCCUUCCCUGUCAAAAUCAAUGCAAUUGAACACCCCACUACAGCAAUUUUUAGGGACCUUCAAGUUUUGGCAUUUAUAGCAAUGGACUGGACAGCACUGAAAAUAAAUGACAAGAAUUCAAUCACAAAAUAUAAAUUAUCCUAAAAUCACUUAAAUUUAGUCACUUUUAUAAAUAGGAUAGAAUUCCUAAAUUGUCAGUCGCGAGAACAUAGUUUGUAGAUUGCUAUCUGUGGGGAAUAAUGUCAUUUUAUACGCAUUUCAGCAAUGUAUGUAAUUUUUCUACAUUAACAGUAUAUAUUUUUUGUACAGAAUCUCAUGGUAUUGCAUUCUUGUCAUUUUUAGACCCCCAACCCCACCCCCCUCCUUCAUGAUUGACAUAAAAUGUGAAUCUAAUACAGAGCAGCUUUAAGUAAGCAUAUUAAAAAACAGUUUCAAAUCAUUUCAGAAAUAUUGUAGAAGUAACCAUAUUUUUUUAUGUUUAAAAAGCAUUAAAUGAUGUAAGAUAUUUA